UUCUACCGCAGUCGUCGUUUGAGUUUGCUCCGUAGUGCAAGUAAAUUAUCAAUAAUUGUGCGAUCCCUUCGGUUUUCCGUUCCGUGGAUUACAUCUUAAACCAAUCAUCCCUAUCGUGUUUUGUUUCGCACCGGUUACUCCAUCCAGUAUAAUUUUCUCCAAAUUAAUCCAUCAAAUUAGACGAUAUACCAGCAGCAUGAGUGCACUGAAAGCAGACAUCGCCCUGAUCGGUUUGGCCGUCAUGGGGCAAAACUUGAUCCUAAACAUGGAUUCAAAAGGCUUCGUUGUGUGCGCUUACAACCGUACCGUUGAUAAGGUCAAGCAAUUUCUCGAAAACGAAGCCAAAGGAACUAAAAUCAUCGGUGCCACUUCCCUGCAGGACAUGGUCAAUAAAUUGAAGAAACCUCGCAAAAUUAUGAUGCUCGUGAAAGCCGGUAGUGCGGUGGAUGAUUUCAUUAAACAAUUGCUUCCGUUGAUCGAGAAGGGUGACGUCAUUAUCGAUGGAGGUAAUUCCGAGCAUCAGGACUCGGCUCGCCGCUACGAAGAGCUGAAAGCGAAGGGUAUCCUGUACGUCGGAUCGGGUGUUAGUGGUGGAGAGGAAGGUGCUAGAUAUGGUCCCUCACUGAUGCCCGGAGGUCAUCCGGAUGCUUGGCCCUUGAUUAAGAAUAUCUUUCAGGCAAUCUGCGCCAAAUCGAACGGAGAUCCGUGCUGUGAAUGGGUUGGCGAAGGCGGUGCCGGUCAUUUCGUCAAGAUGGUGCACAACGGCAUCGAGUAUGGAGACAUGCAGUUGAUCUGCGAGGCGUACCAUCUGAUGUUGGCACUUGGUAUGACGCAGAAGGAAAUGGCCCAGGAAUUCGACGAGUGGAACAAGGGUGUGUUGGAUUCGUUCCUAAUCGAAAUUACGCGAGAUAUAUUGAACUACAAGGACAACGACGGAUAUUUGCUGGAGCGUAUCCGGGACACGGCUGGACAAAAGGGUACCGGAAAGUGGACGGCUAUCGCUGCGCUGCAUCAUGGUGUUCCGGUUACGCUGAUAGGUGAAGCAGUCUUUUCACGUUGCUUAUCCGCCCUCAAGGAGGAACGAACCAAGGCUAGCAAGCAGCUAUCGGGACCGAAAAUGAAGCCCUCGGUCACGGAUAGAAAAGCAUUCUUGACUCAUAUUCGCAACGCUCUGUACUGUGCCAAGAUUGUUUCCUACGCUCAAGGGUUCAUGCUGUUGCGGGAAGCUGCCAACGAGUACAAGUGGAAUCUGAACUACGGCGGAAUUGCUUUGAUGUGGCGUGGAGGUUGUAUCAUUCGCAGUGUUUUCCUCGGUAACAUUCGAGACGCUUUCGUACGGAACCCGCAGCUGUCCAAUCUAUUGUUGGAUAACUUCUUCAAGGAUGCCAUCGUAAAGAAUCAACAAUCGUGGCGUGAGGUGGUCAGCCUAGCUGUUCUGUGGGGAGUACCGGUUCCCGCAUUAUCAGCCGCGUUGGCCUUUUUCGAUGGCUACCGCGCUGAGCGCCUACCAGCUAACCUGUUACAGGCGCAGCGUGAUUACUUCGGUGCGCACACCUACGAACUGCUGGGCAAGGAGGGCAAAUUCGUGCACACCAACUGGACCGGAAAGGGAGGGAACGUUUCGGCCAGUACUUACUUGGCGUAAUCCACUGAAAGUUUGUUUUUUUGUGAAAUCAAUCAACAUUCCCGGUCAUGACAGUGAUGCAUUUUCGGAAAUUACGCACAAAUCGUUAUUUAUUAUUACUCAUUCCUUUAGAUUUCAAAAUUAUAUGUUUUAAUGAAAAAGGUUGUUUAGGAUUGUUUA